CCGCGAGACGGCGCGCUCGGUGCCGGAAGCGUGAGUGGAGGGGGCGAGGCGGAAGUGCGGGUUACAGGCUCUCGCGCCCUCCCCGGCUCUCGCUGUGGCACAAAAGAUGGCGGCGAAAACACAGGGCGGCAUCCGCUUCAGCGCGCUUUGUCCAAAGUUCUUGCAUACCAACUCUACCAGUCACACCUGGCCUUUCAGUGCAAUUGCAGAACUUAUAGAUAAUGCUUAUGAUCCAGAUGUGAGUGCUAAACAGAUAUGGAUAGACAAAACGGUGAUAAACGACACUAUGUGUUUGACAUUCACUGAUAAUGGAAAUGGUAUGAACUCAGAGAAGCUGCACAAAAUGCUAAGCUUUGGCUUCAGUGAGAAGUCUGUGAUGAAUGGCCGUGUUCCGGUAGGACUGUAUGGAAAUGGGUUUAAGUCAGGGUCAAUGCGCCUGGGAAAAGAUGCAAUUGUCUUCACCAAGAAUGGAGAAACCAUGAGUGUCGGCCUGUUGUCUCAGACUUUCCUUGAAGUCACAAAAGCAGAACAUGUCAUGGUUCCUAUAGUGACAUUUAACAACCAUCGACAGAUAAGUGAUCCAGUGGAAUCCAAAAACAGCCUGAAAGCCAUCUUAACACAUUCUUUAUUUUCUACUGAGGAGAAAUUACUGGCAGAGCUAGAUGCUAUAAUAGGGAAAAAAGGAACAAGAAUUAUCAUUUGGAAUCUUAGAAGAGAUAAAAAUGAAAAAACAGAGUUUGACUUUGACAAGGAUAAAUACGACAUCAGAAUUCCAGAAGACUUAGAUGAAACGGGCAAAAGAGGAUAUAAAAAACAAGAGAGACUGGACCAGAUUGUUCCAGAAAGUGACUACUCAUUGAGAGCUUAUUGCAGUAUUUUGUAUCUGAAGCCAACAAUGCAGAUCAUUCUGCGAGGACAAAAAGUGAAAACACAGCUGGUGUCCAAAAGCCUUGCCUUCAUUGAACGUGAUAUAUAUAGGCCAAAAUUUCUGAAUGCUAGAACAGUAAGAAUUACUUUUGGAUUUAACUGCAGAAACAAAGAUCAUUAUGGAAUAAUGAUGUACCAUAAAAACAGACUUAUCAAAGCUUAUGAAAGAGUUGGCUGUCAGUUAAAGGCAAACAACAUGGGUGUUGGUGUAGUUGGGAUCAUUGAAUGCAAUUUUCUAAAACCAACUCAUAACAAACAAGAUUUUGACUACACAAAUGAAUACAGACUUACAAUAGCAGCAUUAGGAGAGAAGCUUAAUGAUUACUGGAAUGAAAUGAAAACAAAGGCAAAUGGAGAAUACCCAUUAGCUUUGCCAGUUGAGGAGAUACAAAAACAGCCUGAUCAGACAUGGGUACAAUGUGAUUCAUGUCUGAAAUGGCGGAAGCUGCCAGAUGGAAUAGAGCAUUUGCCAGAAAAGUGGUUCUGCUCACUGAACCCUGACCCACAAUUCCGGAAUUGUAAUGUGCCAGAAGAACCAGAAGAUGAUGACUUAAUACAUCCUACAUAUGAGAAAACUUACAAGAAAAAAGACAGGGAAAAACUGAAGAAGCGUCUAGAGUUCAGCUACCAGGUCAAUAAUGAAGUGUUUGUAAGAACACCUGUUUCUUCAAGUAAAGACUUCAGAACAUUCUCAGCUGUGAGUGGAAAGGAAUCUGUUCUAAGAUCACUUCUACCAGAAACAUCAAAUGCUUCUGUCAAAAGAUCUCUGCUUACUUUAAAUAGAUCAGUAUCUUCACCUCAUUCUGAUUCUGAUAACAGUCGUAAACGGAAGACACCUACUUGUGUUACACCUGUGUCUUUAAAGACACCUCGAUUAAAUGACAAAACAUUCAACAACCAUGAUGAUGAUGUCAUUAUUUUAGAGGAGAGCAGUACUCCAAAGCCUUCAGCAGAUUCUGAUAUUCCUGUAGUAAAAACUGAAUGUAUUAAUUUGGAUCAAGAAGUGAAGCAGAAAGAAAACUGUGACAUUGGAGAACCUUGCAGUGCAGCUACUUCAGAAUCAAAAACUGAACAGUUGACCUCAUCGACACAGACAGAGCUCCCAAAAUUAGUUGUUAAAAAGGAAGAGAUGGAAGAUGACAUUGCUAUUCAAGUUCCCAGGGCAGGGAUGGAAACUAAAGAGCACAAUGUUAAUGCUGCUUCCGAGACAUCUGUAGAUUUUGGAAAUGAACUGAAAAAUCAGCUGCAAUUAUUAAGCAAAGAAAAAGAAAUGUACAAAAACAAAUGUGAAGUAUUAACCAAACAAGUAGAAACGCUGGAACAAAGGAUUUUUGAAUUGAAUAAUAAGUAUGUAAAAAAAGAAAUGUGCCAUCAGUCGACUGAGACAGUUCCUUCAUUUAAAGAAGAAAGUGGUUGUGAAAGAAGCUUGUCCGAAGUGACCAUUCUGUAUGAACAGGCCUUAGAAGAAAUAGCAAAACUAAAGGAACAAUGUAGUACCCUGCAAAACUUAAAAACUGGAUAUGCAGAUAGUGAAAACAAGAGUGAGGUAGAUGAAAUUGCUGUGCAACUGGAUGAUGUUUUCAGGCAACUGGACAAGUGCAGCAUUGAGAGAGACAGAUAUAAAAGCGAGGCUGAACUACUAGAAGUGGAAAAAAAUCAAUUUGCUUGUCAGUGUGAAGAACUGAAAGCAGAAAUCGCACAGUUAAAAGCUUCAAUUCCACAAGCAGUAGCACGUGCAAAUGAUUCUACCACCAGUAAUGUAGAAGACUCUGUAAAUUUUUCUGAUGGAGAAAGCCUGAAACUACGUUCUCUUCGAGUCAAUGUUGGACAGCUUCUGGCUACGAUAAUGCCUGAUCUAGACUUGCAGCAAGUCAAUUACGAUAUUGAUGUAGUAGAUGAAAUUUUAGGACAAGUUGUAGAACAAAUGCAUGAAAUUAGUAGUACUUAGUAUCUUAAGAUUUUAGCAGACUCUUGCUUGAUCUUCCGUUAUAACCUUUGUUUAGGUUCAAAAUUGUAUAUACUGCUUUAUAUAUUUGACAUAGUUUGAUCAGUAAGUGUAUAUAGUCUGCGUUCAGAUGUUCCCACAGAUGCAUUGGGUGGGUGUUGUCUUUGCUUCCUCUUAAAGGAACACUGUCAAUAUUGACCAACACUGAUGUACUUAAUUAAGGAUUUUGCUUUUAAAAUGUAUUUUUAAUUAAAUUUGCAACUAUUUUUAUUAUUAGGAAUCUUAAUACUUUUCUGCAAAAGUGUUUUGACUUUUGAUCUUAUAUAAGUAUUAAUAUUUGCAAUUCCUUCCUCUUCGAUGAUCUAAGUAGUGGACUAUAUAAAAAUGCAAAAAAGAACUUUCCUUGAUUUUCGUCUCAGAACAAAUCCUCCUAACAUUUUUGUAUACUACAGUAUUGUUUCAUUGCGUUAUGUUGCAUUAAUCGGAUGGAAAUGUAACUAGUAGAUUAAAAUUUUGGCCAUAUGGGUAGUAUUUGUGUUUCACUACCAAAGCAAGAAAAAAUCUGUAAGGGUUUUAUCCUGAGCACGGGUGAUAUUUAGCUCCCUUCUGGACUUUGAUGUCACUAAAGAACAUUACCUGUACAUAGCUUUGCAGCAUAAACAACUCCAUGGGAUAUGGCUAGGAUAUUUCAGCUGUUUCAGUGAUGGAAACCACACGCCUGUUUGUGUCCUGCCCCUGCUAUGUGAUUGUUGUUUUCUACAUCUAAGAGCUUGUCUAUUUGAGCGCAGUCACAGGGAUUUUCGGUUGUACCUGUAGCUCCCAUUAGAAUGCAGGAGGGCUGGUUCAUAAGUCCAGGUGUGUACCGUAGUGCUCAUGCAAAAACUUCCCAGGAAGCGGGAAGAAGUGGUACCAAGAGAAGUUGCUGUUACAGUGGUGACUGUAUUUUCAGUCAGUUGCAUGCUUUUCUUUUGAAGUCAUCAGGAAUGAGAAGAAAGGUGGCAAAGACAGCAAAUCCACCUUUUACUAUGUGAUGGUAUUUGUCAUCCAAACAGUAAUCAAGAAAAAAUGGUUCUUGCUUAAAAAAAAAAAAAAUAAA